AGAUUAUAAAUUUUGUUAUAAAUAGAUUGUUGGCCAAGACGGACAUUCCCUCCAAAGGAGGCGUGUGCAAGUAUCAGGUGAUGUGUCUAUAACAGGUAAACAGUUUACUUUAGAAGAUGUCUAUGAGAGGCAGUGUAGUUAUAGUGGGGGCCGGGAUGGCUGGACUGUCGGCAGCCGAGCACCUCAUCAGGUCCGGCUUCACGGACGUCGUCAUUCUGGAGGCCAGUGACCGAAUUGGUGGGAGGAUAAAUACUCAUGGAUUCGGAGAAUACCAGGGGAAUUCCGCCCUUAUUGAACUUGGUGCCAACUGGCUCCAUGGGUCCCAUGGAAAUGCUGUGUUUGAAGUUGCAAAAGAACAUGAUCUACUCGACCCCUACGUUUUAUUGGACAGAAUGGCUGGAUAUGCGUACACCGAAGACGGAAGAAGAAUUAGCAAGUCUUUGACUGAAAAAGUUUGGCAGGUUUUCCAGGAGGUGGAGAUGACAUUGCAGGACCUGAAUCCUCUAGACGCUAAUGCUAAUUCGAGCUUUGCUAUAUACAUGGCUAACGAGUUGGAAAAGAGGCUACUGGAGUUCCCAGAAAACCAGCACGCGGAUGUACGAGCUCUCUUUAAUUGUAUGUUGAAUUACCUUUCCUUCCACUCAGCCGAAGAUCUGGAAAAGCUGCCCCUUAAAUACGCCGCCUGUUUCAGGGAGUUGGAUGGUGGCAACAUCAAGUUGCCCAAAGGAUUUAAAAGUGUCCUUGAUGUCAUUGUUAAAAAAUUGCCGGAAAAUUGUAUUCAAUACAACACAAAGGUUGAGUACAUUUAUUAUGGGAGUACUCAAUCCAGAACUGCCACCAUAACAUGCAAGACACCAACUGGAAAGAGAAUGUUUGAAGCUAAUCAUGUGAUUGUCACGUGCUCUCUGGGGGUCCUGAAAUCAUGUCAUUCCAAAAUGUUUGCACCACCGCUACCACCUAAUAAAGUUAAAUCUAUAAAUGAAAUGGGAUUUGGAACUGUCAAUAAGAUAUUUCUACAAUGGAAAACACCGUUUUGGAAACAAGGUGAAGGGGGUUUAAAAUUUGCCUGGAAAACGAGAAAUGUAGGGGACAAGAAAACUUAUUGGUAUAAAAGUAUUUUUGGAUUUGAUGAAAUUUUGAACAACGAUAACACAUUGAUAGGUUGGAUUCACGGAGAAGCGGCAGAGCAUUUAGAAAGUAUGUCGGAUGAGGAGGUCAAGGGUCAGUGUACAGCCCUGAUACGGCAGUUCUUGGGUGACCCAAACAUACCUACGCCCGAUGCAAUCGUUAGAUCCGCGUGGAAGUCCAAUGAACUGACUCAGGGGUCCUAUAGUUAUGUCUCCUACUCCUCGUCCCCCUCAGACAUUAAAUGUCUGGCAGAGCCGGUGUACAUGAGCGGGGCACCUGUUAUUUUGUUUGCUGGAGAGGCUACCCAAUCGGACUUCUUCUCCACAACACACGGGGCGAGGGAAUCCGGAAUAAGAGAAGCUGAGUCUCUCAAAAACUAUUACCAAAAGAAGGCCUUAGCUAAUAAACUUUAAACAUAUUGUUUCUUUACAUAAACCUUUUUAGCUCACCUGAGCCGAAGGCUCAAGUGAGCUUUUCUGAUCACAUUUUGUCCGCUGUCCGUCCGUCCGUCCGUCUGUCCGUCCGUCUGUAAACUUUUCACAUUUUCGACUUCUUCUCAAGAACCAAUGGGCCAAUUUUAACCAAACUUGGUACAAAGCGUCCUUGGGUGAAGGAAAGUUUAAAUUAUUAAAAUGAAGGGCCAAGUCCCCUUACAAGGGGAGAUAAUCAAGAAAGGACAAAAAUAGGGUGGGGUCAUUUAAAAAUCUUCUUCUCAAGAAUCACUGAGCCAGGAAAGCUGAAACUUAUUUGGAAGCAUCCUUGGGUGGUGUAGAUAUUAAAUAUUCAAAAUUAUUACCCCCAGGGGUAAGGCGGGGCCACAAUAGGGAAUCCAAGUUUUACAUUAAAAUAUAGAACACGAACAAAUCUUUUAGGAAUCUUCUUCUCAAAAACCACUGGGCCAGGAAAGCUGAAUCUUAUGUGGAAGCAUUCUGGUGUAUAGUGUAGAUUCUAAAGUAUUAAAAUCAUGAAAGGGAAGGGGGUAAGGGGGCACGAUAGGUAUAGCAAAACAGGAAAUAUGGUCAAGAACUGCAUCACCCAAUUUUACUCAUGUGAGCGGUGUGGCCCAUGGGCCUCUUGUUAAUAUUUUGUUUCUUUGUGAUUUUAAUAUGCAGAAAAGUAUUGUCAGCACUACGAGUAUAUACAUGUAAUAUGAUAAUUCGAGGACCCCAUUGGAAACAAGCAUAUUAUGGCUUUCAUGGGUCAUCCUCGGGUAAAUGGCUGUACACAGUACACAAAAUAUGUAGUACGUGCUUUUCUUAGUUUCAUUUAGAUACACUGAUUUAAAUGUUUCUCUUAAGUACCUGUCUUUUAUGAUAUAAUGCUAGUGUUUUAAGAACAAUGUAUUUUUUUUAAACCAAAUUUUACGAUUUCUUUUGAUUUCAUGUGCCAACUUAUUUGUUUAUGUGCCAAUCUUAUGUUCCAUGUGCCAUUUUCCUGAAUAAACAAACAAACAAACAGACAAACAAAUAAUAAUCUUGAAAGUGUUCUGUUCAGUGUUGACGUUAAUUACACAAUGUAUCAGGCAUUUAAAAUCAAUACUCAUAUUUAUAUUAUUAGA